UAUAACGUAGGAAAGGAGCCAGGAUGGAGCCAGACUAUUCUGGACCGUAUGUAAUCCAGCAACUCCUGGGUAAGACAGCAGUGUUGAGAACAACAAAGGGUCAAAUCUUGAAAACAAAGCACAGUGUCGGUCACCUAAAGCCCUACAAAAGGUGUCAUGGGGGAGACAAGCAAGCUGGGCCUGAUGAGUCUCCAAUGGAAGGUCAGAGUUGUGCCUCAAGUGAGAAGCCACAACAGAGGGAGUCUGUCAUAAAGUAUGUAGGUAAACCGCCCCCUCCCAGGAUGUCUCCCUCGCCCUCUCCCAGGAUGUCUCCCUCACCCCCUCCCAAGAUGUCUCGAUUGUCUCAUUCGCCCCCUCCCAGGAUGUCUCCCUCGCCCCCUCCCAGGAUGUCUCCCUCACCCCCUCCCAAGAUGUCUCGAUUGUCUCAUUCGCCCCCUCCCAGCUUGUCUCCCUCGCCCUCUCCCAGGAUGUCUCCCUCGCCCCCUCCCAGGAUGUCUCCCUCACCCCCUCCCAAGAUGUCUCGAUUGUCUCAUUCGCCCCCUCCCAGGAUGUCUCAUUCGCCCCCUCCCAGGAUGUCUCCCUCGCCCCCUCCCAGGAUGUCUCCCUCGCCCCCUCCCAGGAUGUCUCCCUCGCCCCCUCCCAGCUUGUCUCCCUCGCCCCCUCCCAGGAUGUCUCCCUCGCCCCCUCCCAGGAUGUCUCCCUUGCCCACUCCUAUGAUGUGCUCGAGUACUGUUCAGCAUCAAGGUGCAGUAGUAUCGCAUAACAUUUAGUUCUGACCAGUUGGUCCUGGGUUCUGACCAGUUGGUCCUG